AUGGAGGCUGGUACGGCGCGCAGUGAACCGGAAUUCGACGACUGCGAGGCUACAGCAGCGUUUUUCAUGACAGCAAAAUCUAAAAGAAAACCACAACAUCUCGCGCAAUCAUCAUUCGGAAGCAGACGACAAACAGCUCAGCAGCCGAAGUCAUCCCCAACAGAAAUUACGCAUACACCGGAAGCUGGAGUAUUUCAUUCAUCAGCAGGUCUACACGGUAAAGGAGUCUUGUUGAAAACAACCAUAGCAACCGUUUCGUCAACUAAAGUACAGCUAUAUACCAACAUACUGUUCGAUGAAGGUUCACAUAAAUCCUUUAUUACGGAAAGUUUAGCAGAAGAACUUGAACUCACCAGAAACGGCACAGAGACAAUAUACUUGUCAUCCUUCGGCUCUACUAGUAACAAGAUAAUGCAAGUAGACACAGCAACAGUUUACCUAGUAACAGACGAAUAUCAGAAAAUACCAGUCAAAGUCCUGAUUGUACCUACAAUAUCAACGCCUCUCAACAACAGAUUACAGAAUACAGCUUCAAAAUUACCAUACCUUCGUGGAUUAAAACUUGCUCACCCGGUGACAGAAGACAAUAACUUCACCAUUUCUAUGCUUAUAGGUGCAGACUUUUAUUGGGACAUAGCAGAAGACCGUAUAAUACGUGGAGAAGGACCGACAGCUGUCAAGUCGAAGAUAGGUUACUUGUUAUCUCAACCAGUCCCAGCCGAGAGCGCGCACAGUACAAAUCACGUCUGCAAUGUAAAUACGUCACACUUUUCUCCAGACAUGCUUGAACGAUUUUGGAGCCUAGAAAGUAUGGGGAUUACACAGACUACUGAAGACAACGACAUAUCAGAUUACUUUAAAAAUUAUCAGCAAUCGUGCAUAGAAUUCAAAGAUAGCAGAUAUUCGACUAAGUUACCAUGGAAACUAGAACAUCCGCCGUUGCCAACUAACUAUGAGGUAACUAAGAAGAGGACAGAAAACACCAUAAGAAGACUACAGAAAAACCCGUAUCUACUACAAAAAUACGACGACAUAAUUACAGAGCAGGAACGCAGAGGUUUUAUAGAAAAAGUCAUUACUGAUACCCCACCCACCGGACAAGUCCAUUAUAUACCCCACCACCCAGUCAAAAAGGAAUCUUCAACUACACCAAUUCGGAUCGUGUACGACUGUAGCUGUCGACAGUCACCUAACUUACCUAGUUUAAAUGAUUGCCUGGAAUCGACCCCGCCGAUACUUAACGACCUUUCCAACAUACUAGUCAGAUUUCGUCUCCACAAAUACGCUGUUACAGCAGACAUAGAAAAAGCCUUUUUACAUGUAGGACUGGACGAAAGAGAUAGAGAUGCUACUCGAUUUUUAUGGUCUGGUGACAUUCUAAACCCGAGCAGUCCACUAUGUAUUUACCGUUUUAAGGCAGUUUUGUUUGGAGCUACAUGUUCUCCGUUCAUGCUUAGUGCUACCAUUUUGAAGCAUCUAGAACUCAACAAACACGUGCAGGCAGCGGAAGUCAUCCAGAGAGAUUUAUACGUCGACAACGUCCUGUCAAGCUUUGAAUCUGAGUCGUCUGCGUGUACCUACUUCAAAGGAGCUAGAUGUCUGAUGAGGAAAGCCGGUAUGAAUCUAAGGUCAUGGACGUCGAACAGUGAAAAAUUGCGAUCCUUGGCGGCAGCCGACGGAGUACUUGACAAUGACGUCAUCAUCAAGGUACUUGGAAUGCAAUGGAACCCAAAUACAGAUGAACUGUCAUUUACCAAUAGAAGUAUACCAAGCUUAGAUGUAAUAACCAAGAGGACAAUUCUCAAAUUCUCGUCACAGAUAUACGACCCUCUCGGUUUACUUAGCCCAGUUACGGUUCGAGCUAAGAUCUUACUUCAAGAGCUCUGGAAAAGUAAAUACGACUGGGACAUAUUCCUACCGGAAGUUAUAAGAGACAGCUGGAACCAGCUUGUAGAAGACCUGAAUAGAGUCACAGACGUCAAGUUUUCAAGACAGCUAUUACCUACACAGAACCCGAAUAGUACCACAUGCCGUCAUAUAUUUGUUGACGCUAGUAUUAAGUCAUACGGAGCAGUGGCAUAUUUCAGUAACGAGAAACAAACAAGAAUACUUAUGGCUAAGAACAGAGUCGCUCCACUAAAGACUUUGACCUUACCUCAGUUGGAGCUCAUGGCUGCUUUGAUUGGUGCUCGGUUAGCCUCACAUCUACAGAAGAGUUUACAGACACCAAAUGUAACGUUUUGGUCAGAUAGUCAGAUAGUGUUACAUUGGCUGACAACAUCAAAACCUCUCAAACGCUUUGUGAGAAAUCGUGUCGAUGAAAUCAACCAACUUACAGGAAAAUCACUAUGGAGAUAUUGCCCUACGAACGAUAAUCCAGCCGACUUACUUACACGUGGUAUAUCUGCAGACAUUUUCCUCGAUAACCAGUUAUGGAACACCGGUCCGUCAUGGUUGACAAACAGAGUACAGUGGCCUACCUGGGAAUACGAACACGUGACACCGCAGACGACAACUGAAAAGAAUGCUGGUAACUCAGAAGAGAUCAGCGUGUCAAGUUUACAGUGCUCAGACACACUCGGAAUCCAUAAUGUAAUUGACAUUACACAUUACAGUUCUUACACCAAGCUACUUCGCGUCACAGCUAAUGUUAUGAGAUUCAUCAACAAUUGCAGACAAAAUGCAAACAGACAAACCGGAAGUUUAUCGGCGAGCGAACUUCAUGAUGCUGAAAUUCCAUGGUUGAGAUCCUGUCAUGCGAACUCGGUUAAAGAAGAAAUUGAAAAUCUGAAGGGUAAUAGAAACCGGUUACCGCUCGUCAGACAACUGCGUUUAUACCUAGAUACAGACGGACUUAUUCGUUGCGGAGGAAGAAUUCAUAAUGCACCGCUGGAAUACGCAACAAAGUUUCCCUACCUGUUACCAAAGAAACAUAAACUUACCAGAUUAGUCAUCCAAGAUGCACACGGAAAACAACUUCAUUCUGGAGUAAACGCCACCAUUACUCACCUUAGACAAAAGUACUGGAUUCCUGCCAUUCGCCAGUGCGUCCGAUCAGUACUAAGGACGUGUGUAAUUUGUACAAGAGUUAUUGGCAAGCCGUAUCGAGCACCAGACCCACCGCCACUCCCGAAGAUCCGAGUAGAAGAAGCCCCACCGUUCAGUGUUACAGGUGUGGAUUUUACUGGUGUGCUUUACGUCAGGAACGAAACCGGAAGUGAGUCCAAAUGUUUCAUCUGCUUAUUCACAUGCGCAAUUACAAGGGCCGUUCAUUUGGAAGUAGUUCCAGAUUUGUCGACGGAUUCAUUCUUACAAGCAUUCAGGAGGUUUAGCAGCAGAAAAUCCUUGCCAAAACUCAUGAUCUCGGACAACGCCACAACUUACCUGUCAGCAGCCAGUCAACUUAAGAAACUUUUCCUGUCAACUUCUCUACAAGAAGCGCUCAGCAUGAAGGGAACAGAGUGGAAGUUUAUACCAAAGCGGGCCCCGUGGUAUGGCGGAUUUUGGGAACGGUUAAUAGGUCUUACCAAGACGACUUUGAAGAAGAUUCUCGGAAGAGCUUUUGUAACCAUGGAAACUUUACGUACCAUUGUGACUGAAAUCGAGGCAAUUUUAAAUGACAGACCUAUCACGUACACUUCCUCAAACAUAGAAGACAUGGAACCAUUAACACCGGCACAUCUUCUUUACGGCCGUAGGAUGACGUCACUUCCGUAUUACGACAUUGAAACGGAAACCGGCAUGGCGUCUGUUCAGAUUGACCAGUCAAUACUUACCCGGAGAGCGAAGAUCCAGGCGAAUAUAAUCAACCAUUUUUGGAAACGCUGGAAGACUGAGUAUUUGACCUCUUUACGAGAAUACCACAAAACUACAGGAUCAAACGAACGAUCUAUACGGGCCGGAGAUGUGGUACAAGUUCACGAUGAAGGACCAAGGCUGCGCUGGAAACUUGCAGUAGUCCAGGAACUGAUUACAGGAAAUGAUGGUUUAGUUCGCGCCGCGAAAAUAAAGACUGUAAAUGGGCUAACGACGAGACCAGUGGUGAAACUGUAUCCGUUAGAGACUGUUACCAGUGAAAAGUGA